GGAAGCAGCAGCGGGAGUCCAGCCGAGAGGGUUUCACUAGGUGAUGCUGUCUAAACCUGACUGACUGAGGAGCUGCAAAACGCGAAUGGACCCCCACUUAGGACUUAGCUGGGAAAGGCUGUUGCACUUUUUAUUUGUAUAUUUUAUCUUAAUUUAUCAAGUGCAACUAUCAACGAAUGAUGUGGAAGUAGACCAUUCAAACUCAGAUGAAUUGAAUAGCCAAAGCGCCAGGAUAAAGAAGCAGAAAUGGGACACCACUUCCCAAGGAACGCAGGAACUUCAAUCAACAGCUUCUCCAUUAGUUCCCAGCACAUCACCAUCCAUGGAAUAUCGAAACAAUCGAAACACCACAUCCAAUAUGACCUCCAAAAACGUAUCCAAGACAUCCUUUGUCCCACAAAGAAGCCUGGAAUCUACCUUCACCAAAUCCUCAAAAACUGGACCAUCCAGUAGAUUAACAUCAAGAAAACAAAAUUACAAGGAACUACAAGCAACCAUAGAAUCUCUCAGCCAGUUCCCAUAUUGGACAAAAGCAUCCAGCAUGAGCCCGACCACCAAAGAACUACCAAAACAAGCCUUAACCACUCCAGCAAUAUCCAAGCCAUCCCCUACGCAGACAGUGCUCAGCAGCCAAUCACCAACCACUGUAGCCUCAUUCAGCCAAUUAGGCACUAAUACAACUUCAUUAAACACUGCAUUAUCCAACAAACCACCAGUCAGCUCAUCUACUCAUACAAAAAUACAGACAAGCCAGUCAACUCUUAGCCAAUCAACAAGCGAAUUACCUGGUAACCAUUCAUUAGCUUCUUUAACUCGUCACCACACAGCUAAUCAAUCCAUUUACAUCUUACAAACAGUAGACACACUGACCACAAAUUCCAACCCAUUGUCAAAUUCAUCACAUUCUGGAAAAUCUGAGAUUGUCUCGGUCAAACCAUCAAGCCAGUUACCUCGUAAUACAACAGGAAACCCUGCAAGCAGAAUCUUCUCACAAGAUGAGCGGCCAAUUAAUGCUUCAGUUUUCACCAGAAUGGCCAAAGAAGCCCUGCGAUUUCAUAGGGUUUCAGCAUCGUGUUCCUUUCACUGUCUGAACGGUGGAUGGUGCACUCAGUCAAAAUCAUGUGACUGCAGCUUAUUUCAGGCCACUGGAAACAGGUGUCAGACAGUACCAAAUCGUGGCUUUGAGAGAGAGAUGACAUGCAGGACCUGGGGUCAAUAUAACUUUGAGACUUUUGACGGCCUCUACUACUACUUUCCUGGCCGAUGUACGUACACAUUGCUGAAAGACUGUGAGGAAACUACACAAGCAAGCAUUGUUGUCCAGGUGCACAAUGACCCGGGCUGUGACUCUGAGCCUUACAGCUGCCAGCGCUCGGUCAGCCUCUUCCUUACGUGGGAGGGUGAGAUCCGGUUGCACGCCAACAACGUGACAUUCAAAGGGCAAAGUUUGCAGCUUCCGACUUACAUCCAUGACAUUCAUCUAAAGCAGCUCUCUCAGUAUGUGUUAGUCACACAGCCACAAGGCUUCAUGCUGGCCUGGGAGGGAAAGAGUGGCUCAGUCUACAUUAAACUCAGCCCAGAAUUUGUGGGAAGAACAUGUGGCCUCUGUGGGAACUUCAAUGCAGAUAUAGAGGAUGACCUCAGGACAAGCUAUGGUGUGCUGACUCAUGAAAUAGAAAUGUUUGGAAACAGUUGGCUGGAGACAGCACCUUUCCAGGACCAGUGUCCCAUGGUUCCCUCUAGUUUCCCCUCACCUUGUAUAGCGUUGGGUGUGGAUGUCAUGCUGAAAGUUGAGGAAAUAUGUUUAAUGCUACUGGAUCCACCAUUCCAAAGCUGCCAUGACUUUGUCAGCCCUUUGUCCUACAUGGCCAGCUGCUUCAACGACAUCUGCUUGUCUGGUCCAACCAGUGAUGCAGUAUGUCAAGUGUUUAUAGAGUACUCCCGAGCCUGUGCCCAUGCCAACCGUCCACUGAAUGAGUGGAGAGACCACAUUCCACAGUGUGCAGUGAAGCAGUGUCCUGAAGGUCUACAGUACCUGGAAUGUAUCAGCUGUUGCCCAGCAUCCUGUAAGCAAGAGGAGACAUGCACCGAUAGCAGGCUGGCUUGUCUGGACGGAUGUUUUUGUCAAGAUGGUUUGAUAUUUGAGAAUGGGAGCUGUGUUCCCCCUUCUGACUGUCCUUGUGAGUUUCACGGUGCCCUCUAUCCAUCUGGACAAAUGAUACAAGAGGAAUGCAACAACUGCACAUGUGUGGAUGGACUGUGGAACUGCACCGAAUACAACUGCCCAGGGGAAUGCUCUGUGACUGGCGAUAUGUUUUUUCAGUCAUUCGAUGGGCGUAUCUACACCUUUCCAGCAAUGUGCCAGUAUGUCCUUGCCAAAAGUCGCAACUCCGGGAAGUUCACAGUCACCAUCCAGAAUGCUCCCUGCGGAGCUAAUUUGGAUGGGUCCUGCAUCCAAUCUGUAAAUUUAGUUAUUGAUGAGGAUCCUAGAAUGGAAAUUACACUGAGCCACAUUGGUGAGGUCUACAUCGCUGGGCAGUACCGCAUCUCCUUGCCCUACUCUGACGACAACUUCCACAUCCAAGAGCUCUCAUCCAUGUUCCUCCAAGUGAAGACAACAUUUGGUGUACGUCUGCAGUACAACUGGAAAGAGUUUCGUCUCUACCUGACGGCCAGUGCAUUGUGGAAAGAUAAUACAGUGGGGCUAUGUGGAACCUUCAACGGCAACAUUCAAGAUGACUUCCUGUCUCCCGCUGGUAUGAUAGAAAGCACUCCUCUACUGUUUGGGAACGCCUGGAGGGUCUCGUCAGCUUGUACACUCAGCAUGAUCACUCCACAGCUUGACCCCUGCGAUACCCACCCACAAGCUGUGGCCUAUGCCUCGAAGAUGUGUGAUAUUCUGAACCAGGAUCUGUUCUCCCCUUGCCAUGAGUACCUCAGUCCAGUGCCUUUCCACCAGCAGUGCCGCUCAGAUACCUGCAAAUGUGGAGUAGCUUGCCUUUGCUCUGCUCUGGCCCACUAUGCUCGCCACUGCCGCAGGUUCUCCAUCGUUAUUGACUUCCGAUCGCAUAUAAACGACUGUGCUGUCACCUGUCCCACCACCAUGCAGUAUGGUGUGUGCGUGUCAUCCUGUCAACGCCGCUGCUCCACCCUCUCUUCUUCGCAUCACUGUGGAAGAGAAUGUGAAGAGGGCUGCGUCUGUCCGCUUGGAUUAUUCUACAACCAGCAAACACACAGCUGUGUGCACAGGAGAGAGUGUCCUUGCACUUUCCUUGGUGCUGAUUAUGAACCGGGAGAUAUGAUCAUGACAUCAGCAGGUGUUCAGCUGUGCCUGGAUGGUAAAUUUGUGCCACAAACAACAGAGGAUGACAGUUUAUGUCCUGAGGGUCAUUUAUACCACAACUGCUCGGAGGGUGAGAAUGACGUUCUUCCAGGAAGAGGUGUGGCCUGUGAGCGCACAUGCGAGUCGUACCUCCUCAACCUGACCUGCUCAGCACAUGAGCCCUGUAUGAGUGGAUGUAUCUGCCCCUCUGGGCUCCUGAAACAUGGAGAUGAGUGUUUUGAGCCUGAGGCCUGCCCCUGUCUAUGGAAAGGAAAAGAGUACUACCCUGGGGACAAGGUGUCUUCCCCCUGCCAUCAAUGUGUUUGUCAGCAUGGGACAUUCCAGUGUGUGUUUCGUCCAUGUCCUUCCAUGUGCACAACAUACGGAGAUCGUCAUUACCGAACUUUUGAUGGCCUACUAUUUGACUACAUUGGUGGUUGUCAAGUUUAUCUUGUAAAGAGCAGUGCUGAUGUGAAUCUCAGUGUUACUGCGAAGAACAUUGACUGUUUUGACAAUGGCAUAAUCUGUAGGAAAUCACUGAUGAUUAACAUAGGAAGAUCCUUCAUAGCUUUUGAUGAUGACACUGGAAAGCCUAACCGAACAAGUGUCAUGAGCGGGAAUCACAGGAUGCUCAUCUGGCCUGCUGGCUACUUCACUGUAAUUCAUUUCCCAGAGGAGGACGUCACCAUUCUGUGGGACCGUAAAACCACCAUCCAUAUCCAGGUUGGACCUCAUUGGCAGGGGAAGCUGAGUGGUCUGUGUGGAAACUUUGACAUGAAGACUGUAAAUGAGAUGCGCACGCCUGAAAACAUCGACGCGACAACACCCCAAGAGUUUGGAAACAGUUGGACAACAUCGAGGUGUGUGAACGGUCCGGAUAUGAGACACCCAUGCACUCUGAGUCCACUCAGAGAGCUGUUUGCCAAGCAGCAGUGUGCUGUCCUGCUAAGUGAGGUCUUUCAGGCCUGUCAUCCUGUGGUGGAUGUUACCUGGUUCUAUAUGAACUGCCUGGCAGACACGUGUGGCUGCAAUCAGGGAGGAGACUGUGAAUGUUUCUGCACUAGUGUGGGAGCAUACGCCCAACGAUGCUGUCACGAUGGGAUUCCUAUCGACUGGCGCUCCCCAUCUUUGUGCCCAUACGAUUGUGAAUUCUACAACAAAGUGCUUGGGAAAGGCCCCUUUAGAUUGGUCCCCUUCAAAUAUCCGACGCUAGUGCUCGCUGCUAACAGGUCCAGCGGAUCAGUGUUUGUGAAGCAAGAAAACACCAGUGACACAACUGGGACCCUCUCACACUUUAUGAUGACACCAGGCCUGAGCAGAGCACGACCACAUGACACAUCACGGGUAUCUUUUGAGGCAGCACACCGACCAAAUCACUUCUUGUAUGUAAGCCUUAGUGGGCAGGUGAAACUGGCCAAGUGGGAGGAAAGUGAGGCCUUAUGGGAUCGAGCCACCUUUGUGCUCCACCGGGACACUUGGGUCUCAGGCUUUGACUCUCUGGAGUCCCAGGCAAAGCCUAGAUUCUUCUUACAUGCCACCCACCCUCGACUUCACCUGCUCAAAUAUCGUCACACCGACAGCUUCCGCAAGGCCACUCUUUUCAGACUCUCAGGGACGAGCCAGGAUGCCCCUCCUCAUCCACAGUGCCAAUGGAGAUAUGACUCCUGUAUCAGUCCUUGUUUCAAAACCUGCAGCGACCCAUCAGCAGAAGCCUGUGUGGCAAUUCCGCAAGUGGAGGGCUGCCUUCCUGUCUGCCCCCCACACAUGGUCCUGGAUGAAGUCACUCGUCGUUGUGUCUACGUGGAAGACUGUAUUAAAGCGCCAGUUAUUAUGCCCAUAAUUCCAACGAGUGCCCUGCCAAGCUCUGGGACUGUGUCUUCCACAAAAACCACGGUCUCACUCAACAGAACAAUUGGCCCAUCCCCCACUUCUCAGUUGACUACUAUCACCAAUUUCACCACUAUUGCUCAUCCUGUGAACAUGUCCACAUCUUUCUCCGCUAGACCACUGAUUACUGAUGUGUCAACUCAACCAACUGUCCCAUCGUCUACUUUACUACUAGAAUCUUCCAGAACAGCAGCACCUCUUUCAAAAUCAUCCCCCAGUGUAAGGCCUGAUGUGGUUAAAACUCUGUCAACUCUGAAAGUGACUGAGGAGCAUAGCACUACAGCUAUCAUCAGCCCUUUUGAAUCCAGCACAUUCAGACUGAGCAGUCAUCCUUUUGAAAUUACUUCUCUCUUCUGGCUAAGUUCCUCCACCAGGCCCACUGACUCCCUCCAGACUCUCCUCACCUCAAAAGCCCCUCCCAAAAUAACAGUAACAAGCGCUACAGGGAGGUCAACCGCCACUUCUCCGCUAGCCACGGAGCGGUCCACAGGGGCUAGACAUUCAGUGGACUUGCUAGGAACCACUUCUCAUACUCCGUUGCCUACAGAAAGAUCAACAGUGACACAACAGAUCACUGUACCCAGAUCUACUGACACUACAUUCACAGGAUCGAGGAGUACAAAAACUUUGACAGCAGGGAAAACUCCUCCAAUGUACCCAAUGUCAACCAUCUCUACCAGUUUUCCAAAUACAGCCUUUUCCACAACUUCCUCAAGAUUUACCCAACCUCCUGUGAAAACAGCAACCAUAUCUAUGACAACAAUCAGUUCAUCAAAGACCACAGACACUGUCACUCGAGUUAAACCCUAUAAAACUAGCACCACAAUGCACUACAUUAGACCAAAGACAACGACUCUUCCAAUUUUUGAACUUACCACUGGGAAGGUACUUUUGACAUCCUCAUCUGCUCCUAAAAUGCCAACAUCAACGCCAGUCCAGGUCGCUCUGCCUACGACAGUGCCGACUGCUACCUCUGUUGCUUCAGACCAGCAACCAACAGCAAAGCUAGCGACCAUACCUAAAUCUACUUUGCCCAAAAUGACUUCUCAGCCACCCUCUAAGCUCACAGCCAUAAUUUUUGGGUCUACUUCCACUAAGCCAAAGACCUCAAGACCUCCAAAGGUAGCUGUAGCCAGCACUAUCGCCACCACUUCUAUUUUAUCAGCAAUAUCAACUGUAGGAUCCGUGAGCCCCAGAAAAACUGUUGUUCCCACACAAUCACCAAUCUCCACCACACAGACAUCCCGACCAUGGUCUUACCCCCAUUUCCUUACCUCGUCUAGCCCUUUGUACAUUCCCACGACAAAGACAACACCUAAGCGUACCUCUCAAACUGCUCCACUUGUGGUCAGUUUGACUAAAACAACUGAUAUACCUCAAAUUCCAGUAUCAAGUGCAGUCAUCACAUCCGCUACAGCAGCCACUAACACGACCACACCUGCUACAACUUCAUCUCACAGGAUGUCUACUGCAGAGGUUACGACCAAGAUAGUAACACCAGAGCGCCCUCUUCGACCCGAUGUUCCUGACAUUUCUCUCACUACAGGACCGACAAGACUUGCCAUUGUAACAACAAAACAAGUUACUGUACAACCAAUCACAGUGACAACACAUCCACCGGCUAGUGUAAUGGAACCUACAGGCGCAACAACCACGUCGUUUCGACCUAUCUCUCUACCUCAAACAGCUACUUCUCAUUCAACAUCAAUAAAAAUAAGUUCACCGGACGAGGUCACCACACAGCUUGUGUCAACUAUAAGACUUACAUCUGUUGACACAACUAAAACUGGAAUCACACUGGUGACCUCGAUAAGGCCAACACAGAGCAUUCCAGUGACAACACGAGUUACACCUGAAAGCGAAUCAACCAAGAGGCCAGUAGUAUCUGGGGUUACUUUGCCAAUAAAACCCGCGGCAGAAACUACUCAAGCAAACCUCUCAACUACUGUCACACCACAACCAGGCAAAACCAUUGUAUUAGGCGUUUCAUCUCCAAGUAUAUCCACAUCAGAAGAACCAUUGACAACGGCAAGCACACCAAAGACUCAGACAACACGUGCAGCCACAUCCUCAAUGACCCGACCUCCAAUGCCUGAAAGAACCAUACCAUUCUCCCACCUGACAACCACAGAGUCAGUGGUGGCACCAAAGACUUCCCAACCAGUGACGUCUCCAGCACCUAAUAUAACCGUUAGGACUCCAAAACCUGGUGCUGUUACUUCCGGUAUGACUUCCAUUCCCGUGACCAGAACGGUUCAAACAUCUGUACCGCAAAGGAUGAAUCACACGAGUCUUGGUUUGACAACACCUUUUGCACCAGUAGAAAAAACAAGUCCUACAUCAGAUAGCAUCACCUCCAUGAAUGUAUCAUUCACAAAGGCAUGCACGCCUCCAUAUGUGGAGAUUGUUGAUGAGUGCACCAAGUUCAUCUGUGUCAACAAUCAGCUCAUCUUGUUCAAUAAAUCCCUAAACUGCCCCUUCUCUCAACCGUUGAACUGUGGUUUGCUUGGCUUUGCCAUAUUGGUCAAUGGUGACAAAUGCUGCCCCCAGUGGGACUGUCCAUGUCGCUGCUCUAUGUUUCCAGACUUGAAUGUGAUCACAUUUGAUGGAAACAGUGUUGCCAUCUACAAGGCUGCCUCCUUUAUAGUGACUCAGCUACCCAACGAGACAGUCAGUGUUCUGGUUCAGGAGUGCCCUGUUGGAUCACAGUCACCACUUCUGUGGAAUUUUACCAACCUAUGUCUGGUGGCACUCAACAUCACUCACAAUUCCAACCACAUCAUCAUCGACAGGCUACAAAGGAGGCUCUAUGUCAACUCUCGGUACGCCAAGCCUCGUUUUAAAAAGUUUGGGUUUGAGGUCUACGACACGGGCAACAUGUAUCUGAUCCGAAGCCCGACUGGUCUCAAGCUGCAGUGGUAUCACAGCACUGGAAUGAUGGUAAUCGACAGUGACAGCCCCAGCUCUGGCAAGACCCUACCCACCAUUGGCCUCUGUGGUUUUUGUGAUGGAGACCCAACAAAUGACCUGACUUUGGCCAAUGGUACCACUGUGGGAAGGAAUGAGGCUGCAUCGCUCUUCAUCGACAGCUGGCAGGUUCCCAAUACCACCAGCUAUGUCAGUUACAGUCGGCGCAGAGACUUCAACUGCUCCACCAGUGACUGCUCCCGGUGCUUGGUCAUGCUACAAAAACCAGCCUUUUUUCCAUGCCAUGCCUUUGUCUCUCCAAGCACUUUCUGUGAGGUUUGGGUCCAAGAUGUGGAGUAUGUGAACAACCAGUGUGUGGCACUGGCUGCCUACGUAGCCACUUGCCACAAAUUCAACAUCUGCAUUGAAUGGAGGAGACCAGAUUACUGUCCCUUCAUUUGUCCUGAAACGAUGAGUUACAAAGCCUGUCUGCCAGCCUGCACGUCUAAGUCAUGUCCUAAUCAGGAUUUUGACUCAGACCCAGACCACUGCUCAGGCCUGACUGAGGGUUGUGCCUGCCCGGAAGGAAUGCUACUUCAUCGGCCAUACACUUCCCUCUGCAUACCUCCCAAUAAGUGUGCCUGCACUGACAGUUUUGGAAAUCCACGUGCACAUGGUGAGGUGUGGAAGGCUUCAAAGGACUCCUGCUGUAUGUACCGCUGCGACAAAGAUGCAGUUAUCCCUGUGGAGUACAACUGUUCCACCAUGAUGACGCCUGUGUGCCAGCGAGUUGGGGAGGUAGUCGUCAGCCUGGCAGAUGACACCAGCUGCUGCCCCCGUAAAAUAUGUGUGUGCAAUCAGACUCAUUGUGACCACCUGCCUCCCGACUGUAAGUAUGGGGAGAAGUUGGUGGCAUACUACCGAAAGGACUCGUGCUGUCCAGAAUAUGUGUGCGAGUGUGAUCCUGCAAACUGUGAGGCAGAGAUUCCCACCUGUAGAAAUGACCAGUCUUUAAUUGCAACUAGAACUCGAGAUAGCUGCUGUCUGACUUACAUCUGCAUGUGCUCUUCUUGUAUGGACACACCUCCACUAUGUCGGGAUGGUGAGAUUCUGACAGUCAACGAGAACAGCACUGACCGAUGCUGCCCCUCCUACUAUUGUGUAUGUGAUCCCUCCAGGUGUUCUCAACCAAGCUGUCCUUAUGGGAUGUCAGUGCUGUCAGUGUCCAGUACAGAUCAUUGCUGUGGCGAGCAUACAUGCGAAUGUUCCUGUGACAAGAUUACCCCCCCGAAAUGUGGACUGGGAGAGGUUCCUCAAUUGGAGCAGGCCUUUCUGUCUGACCCACAGAACCAAUGUGGCUGCAAAAGAUACAAGUGUGUGAGAGAGGCAGUAUGCGUGUACCAGGGAGUGCUACAGGGGGUGCUGCGGCCCGGUCAGACCCUGGUGGAACAUCGCGCAGAUGGCUUGUGCUACAGCAGACAGUGCAGUCAAGUUCUAGAUGUGUUCAGUGGUUUUCAUAUACUGCGGAUCAGCAGCACCAACUGCUCUGCACUUUGCAAACGAAAUCAAAUCUAUAUUCCUCCAAAAGACCAGUCAACAUGCUGUGGCGUUUGUAAGAAUAUAUCCUGCCUUUACACUCAUGAAAAUGGGUCAACAAUUCUUUAUAAGCCAGGGAAAUCCUGGGUGUCCAACUGCCUGAAGUUUGAAUGUAUAGACACCGUGUCCGGCCCGACAAUGAUCACCUAUCCCUUCAGCUGCCCCCCCUUCAAUGAAACGGAGUGUAUGAAGAUUGGAGGAACUAUAAUAAGUUACAUGGACGGAUGUUGCAAGACAUGCAAAGAAGACGGGAAGUCGUGUCAGAAGGUGACAGUGAGGAUGACUAUCAGGAAGAAUGACUGUCGCAGUAACAGACCGGUGAAUAUAGUGUCAUGUGAUGGGAAAUGUCCAUCUGCCAGUAUCUACAACUACAACAUCAACACGUACGCUCGUUUUUGCAAGUGCUGUCGGGAGAUGGGACUGCAGCGGCGCUCUGUGCAGCUCUACUGCAGUGGCAACUCCACCUGGGUCAGCUACAGCAUUCAAGAACCCACGGAUUGCUCCUGUCAGUGGUCCUAGAGUGCAUAUAGCAGUGAAAUCCGCUCAAAGGUUCAGGUCAAUAGGAGAGAGAAAAAUGAAAGCAAUUGACAUGCUAGCUGCAAAUAUACUAGUACUGUAAAAAAUUUUUGCUUCUUUGGCAAGGAAAUGAUCAGUGUAGAAGCACCGAACUGGCAGCUGCAAACACAUCACGCACUGUGACUUUUGAACUUUGACCUCUCUGGACUGGAGAGACAGAUGUACUACUUUGCAGGGAUAGAUAUAGUCACGUUAAAAAAAAAAAAAAAAAAAGAAUAGUGACAGAGUAUAAACAGAGGGGGGACACAUGACUUCCUGUCCCUUAAUGAAAUUCAAGAGAACUCCUACAAUAAUGUUAUUAGCAUUCAGCAGUAUAAACAACAUUGAAAAAAAUAUAUAUAUUUGAAACUCUCAGUUCUGCCUCUAUAAUUAAAUAAUUUUCAAUCUUCCAUGGCUAAAUAAAAUGUAAAGUGUAUCGUAAAGGCUGUACUACAACUGCUAGUUAAGAGAAAUUGUCACAGGAAAUAAAAGAUUGGUUUGCAAUUUGAUGAAAGUUAUUAAGAGUGCACCACUGCUUUGUUUACUGCUGUGUUUACAAUUAUUUAAAAGAUAUGAUAAAUGUAGCUGUAGAAGUACCCGGUCGGAAUUUAUACAUUUUAAGACAUGUCAGAAAAAUGCGUGUGUUAUAUGAUUUUUUUUUUUUUUUUUUUUUAAUUUAACGUCUACAUUUUUGUAAAUAUUGUUUUCAAUAUUUGAGAUACCAAGUUCUUUGAACUCUCACAUAUAUGAAUAUAUAUAUAUUGGUAUUAUUCUUUAUACUAUAUUGAACUAAUGAUAGUCAAUUAACAGAAAUGAAUCCAGUUUUGAGUGCAUAAUACCUUAUUUAUUUAUUGGGGAAGGACAAAAUACAUAUACUAUUUUGCACCAAGAUAAUCAUUUCCACUAAGUAUAACACUGAACUUGAUUGCAUAUUGAUGAAUUUCAUUUUCCAUUUAAGGAACCCCUUAUUAUUUUUGGCUUCAUAUUGCAAAUAUUUCCAUUUGAACAAGCUUUCCAAAGUGCUGUUUACAUGAACUUUUAAAACAUGA